AUGAUGGUGCGCGGCACAUUAAUGUGCCGUUUGGUUUUCUCGAGGUGUAUCGUUGCGAACCCUCGCCCUAUAAAUAGGGGUGACCCCGGGGGCGAAAUCACUUUGUACUUAGUGAGAAGCGAGAGCUCUGUUGAGGCGAUUUUCGAAGAGAGCUUCCGGUAUUCCAGGCGAUUUCCGACGAGUGCUAACGGCAACCAGGCGAUUUCCGGUUUAGCAAACGGUAAGAAAGGCGAUUUGAAGCGCAGUUCGCGUUUACUUUCUAGAGUGCAAACUAAGAUGUCUGAUAAUGAGUCAUUCUCCGAGCGUGAGCCCAAUGCGUUCGAUGAGGAGUCAUCGGAAGGUCUCUUUGACUCCGAUGGUGAAGCGGCAGGGCCCGAUGUCGAGGAUGGAAGUGAGACUGAUGUUGAGAUACUCGGUGAGGGGCCCAGCUCCGUCCCAAUACAUGGCAUCGGAAAGGGGCUAAUGACCGCUCCGGUGCCGUUGUCCAUUGUCUAUAGCGACGGCCGCCAUGUGGGUCUAGGCGCCCCUGGGGAGGCGAGCGCUAGUCGCCAGUCAGAGGCCUCCACUUCCAGCCGUGGAGAGUCAGUUGCCGAACCAUCUCCCAGCCGAGGGUUUUGGUAG